AUGGCGCAGUGGGUGGCAGAGCUGCACCGCUGGUGGCCGCCCUUUCGCGUGGCCGUCCUCCACUCCACCACCACCUACGGAGGCGCCGAUAAGCGGAAGCUGAUAAGGGAGAUCUUCGCCGCCGGCCUUCCGCCGAACAGCAGAGCAGAGGAGGAGAAGGACCGAGGCAAAGGUGGCAGCGUUCUCAUUACCUCGUACAGCAGUGUCAGCCUGUACAUUGACCAGCUGGCCGGGUACGACUGGCACUACGUCAUCCUCGACGAGGGCCACAAGAUUAGGAACCCUGAGACGCAGGUGACUGUUCACUGUAAGCAGUUCAAAACGCCCCACCGACUGAUUCUCUCCGGUUCGCCAAUACAGAACAACCUUCGAGAGCUGUGGUCGCUCUUUGACUUUAUCUACCCGCUAAAGUUGGGCACUUUGCGCGACUUCACCGCCGACAUAGCGGAGCCGAUUCGUCGCGGCGGCUACGUCGGCGCCACUGACCUGCAGAUCAAGGUCGCCUACAAGUGCACGGUCAAGUUGAGGGCGGUCAUACAGCCGUACCUGCUGCGCCGAACGAAAGAGGACGUCAAACUGGCGCUCAAUCUGCCCGCCAAGACCGAACAGCGAGUGUUCGCCGCACUGAUCAACAUUAGGAAAAUCUGCAAUCACCCCUUUCUCUUUGAUCGGAAGGCAUCUGAAGAGGACGUCUUUUCUACUUCAACAGAAGAUCCUUUUGAUCAGCAGUUUUUCGCCCAGUCAGGAAAGAUGGCCGUCGUGCACGCCUUGUUUAAACUAUGGAAGAAACAAAACCACAAAGUGCUCUUCUUCACGCAGUCUCGUCAGAUGCUGGACAUUGUCGAGCGGUACGUUCAACUGCGCCAGUACAGCUACCUGCGAAUGGACGGCACGACGGCCAUGGGCGCCCGUCAGCGGCUGAUCAGUCAGUUCAACACCGACCCGGCGGUGUUCAUCUUUCUGCUCACCACCAAAGUGGGCGGCCUGGGCGUCAAUCUGACCGGGGCGAAUCGGGUGCUCAUCUACGACCCUGACUGGAACCCGUGCACUGACAUGCAGGCGAGGGAGAGGUGUUGGCGAAUUGGCCAACGGCAGGACGUCAUCAUAUACCGCCUGCUCACAACGGGCACUGUCGAGGAGAAGAUUUACCAUCGGCAGAUCUACAAACAGUAUCUCACCAAUUCAGUACUUAAAGACCCCAAUCACCGGAGAUUUUUUAAAAUCAACGACCUCAACGAGCUAUUUACGCUGAGCGACUUUAAUGAAACGACAGAGCUAUUCUCUGAAGCUAAGACAAAGUUUUCAGAUGAGAAAAAGAAGAAGGAAAAGAUUAAAGGACUUUACAGCAAGCAAAAGAAUUUAGAUCAAAUGAUUGUGCGGAAAGACUGCAAGGAUCUGCCUAAAAUUCGAAAAGUUGCAGAAUCAGAUGAAACAAAUUCACCACACACGGCCAGUGACACUAAAAAACAAAAAACAGCUGCUGAACAGCCAAAAAUUGAUCUCAAUCCAGUGAUCUCAGAGCAAAAACGAGAAGAGCUGCGGGAGAAAGCUCGUUUGCUAAGUAAAAAAAUUGCAGAAAAAUUUAAUAAAGACAAAAGUACAUCAAACACGCAAACAAGCAACAAUAUUACGACAAAUGAAUGCUCGACUUCAAAAACUGCAAAAAUUAAAAAAGGCGUCAAAUGUGAAGGAAAACGCAUCAAAGAAAUUGUUGCACGGGAAGAUUAUUACUCAGAUAACGAUGACAGUGAUGAAACAAGCUCUGUUUGUAAAAAGCAGAAAAGGAAAGAUAAGAAAAAAUCCAAAAAAGAUAAGAAAAAAGAAGACUACCUAUUACGAGGACUUUUAGGCGAUGCUUUAGAAUCAGUGCUGCAACAUGAAAAAAUUGAAAAUGUGACUGCUCCUGAUCACUACUAUCUUGAAGCAGAGGCAGAAAAGAUUGCCAGUGAAGCAAUCGAAAAGUUGCAACAACAUGAAUCAAACACAAAUUCAAGAGAAAACUCUCCGGAAACGCUUUUUAAUGCUGACAAUAGAACACCAAACAAUGCGUUGAUAUCGGCAAAUCGACAAAUAAACAUAAAUGCAUUGGCAAACAUAGCUGCAGAAAGAAAUCCCAACAAUUUUCCCCUUCUUUUCAGCCUCCUCUUCCUGGUGAAUGGAACAUCCUUUGAAGGUGCACUCGGUCAACAGGUGUUGACCCUGCUGCCAGGGGCCGGCAGUGGACAGCAACUUCUCUCCCGCUUUGACUGGGAAACUCGCCAGCCGGAACUGUUUGAGGACGGCAAAGACAACCACCGCCGAGUGGACGGUAGCACUGAUCAACUGCGCUCUCGUGUCCGAGAUGACGAUGUAGACACCCGUCGUCGCCUGUCAGCAACUACAACAGAAGCUGAAGAACGCAGACAGGAACAGUUUGAUCAGGAGGAUAGGCGUCUCGAGAGUCGACGACGAGCUGCUGAACCGGAGGACCGGAGAGAAGUUGAUCGAGUUGUUGAGUCCCGCCGAGAAUCGAGUCGAGUUGAUCAACGACAACGAGAAGUUGAGGUCGCUCGAAACGAUGAUGACCGUCGAGUUGAUGAAGUUCGUCGUCAAACUCGAGCUCGUGAGGAUCGAGCAGGAGAAAUGGAGGAGCGACACAAUCGGGUGAGUUCUGACCGACGACGUGAUCAGAGGGAGAAGGAAAAACGCGGGCUCAACGCAGAACGCAGAGCUGAUGAGCGUCGUGACUCCCGCCGUGCUGCCCUUGAACGGCGAUCAUCCGCUGAAAGAGCUGAGCGUCGAGAAUCAGAGCAAAAACGGGACCGCUUUGAAGAGCGCCAGGAGGAGCUCAGUCGCCAGUCUCGUCGCGAGGAUCGUCGAGAGGAUCGUCGUGAAGUAGAACGUGAAAACCGUCGCAGCGAUCGUCAGGUGAGACGAUCUGCAGAAGAGGAUCGCCGACUUGAUGACGGAAUAAACCGACGUGAGGAAAAGGAGCGAUCAGCUAACCGGGAUCAGCGAGAACGAGAGCGAGAAGUUCAACGUGAGGAUCGCCGAGAGGAGGUUGGGCGCUUGUCUGCUGAGAAAGAAGAACAACGCCGAUCAACGGAGGCCGCUCGACGAGAAGAACGUCAAGAGCGAGUGGACGACGACCGAGUGGAGCGAUCUGACGUAGAGGAAGUAGAACAACUUUGGCGAGAGGAGCGGGAAAAUAAUGUGGAAGAAGAGAAAUUAAAAAGAAAUAUGGUAAACAAAGUGAUUUAG